AUGACUUUAGCUACAACUACAACCACCUUCACAUUUCAUUGUAUAUUUAGAUCGAUAUAUAUUAGACAAUUGAUAUUUAAUCAGAUAGGUGAUAUAUCAAAUAGAUUGUAUCCAAAAGAUAAAAGUUAUGAUGGUAGUCAACGAUCAUUACAAGGAAGAGAUAUCAUCAAGUUACCUCUUCUUGAAAUGAUAUCAAAGUUUGGGUUACCUUGGCACUUUGUUUGUCAUUAUCUACCUAAAGAUAGAGAUCAGGUACUAUUGAAAAGAAGGAGAAGAGUGAUUAGUCAAUACUGCUGUCAUCAUAAUGCAACAUUGGAUACACUUGAACAUCUGGUAGAAUGGUCACCUGAUGUUGGGUUUGAUUGGAUGUAUUUAAAGUAUAUAAACAAUCAAGAGCUAUUAGAGUAUCUAGUCAAGAGUUGUCCUACACAAGAAAAGUAUAACUUUUUCAAAAAGGCAAUGGAGGUAGCUUGCACAAAUGGUUAUCUCUCGACUGUAAAGUUGAUAACAUGUUCUUUGAUAAAAGGUGCACCAUCAUCACAAGUCGAUCACCAAGCAAUGGACAUUGCUUGUCGUAAAGGAUUCAUUGACAUUGUAAAAUAUUUACAUUAUAAUGCUCAAAAAAGGUUCCUACAUUUCAAUCGUAGCGAAGGUGCAACAACCAAUGCUAUGGAUUGGGCAGCUGAAAAUGGCCAGUAUGAAGUGGUAAAGUAUCUUCAAGAGCAUCGUAGUGAAGGUGCAACUACCAAGGCUAUGGAUGAGGCAGCUCGAAACGGACACUAUGAAAUUGUAAAGUACCUUUCUGAGCAUCAUAGUCAGAGUGAAGGUGCAAUAAAUAAAAGAGAAUAG